AUGUACAGAUCUUCUCCACACUGCACUGCAGGGGAAACACCAGCAAAGUUGUUCCUUGGUAGGGAACUCAGGACUCAGCUUGACUUGCUGAAACCAGAUCUGCACAAGAAAGUAACAGAUUCACAUGAGAACAAAGCAAGUGACACAGCAAGAACAUUAAACAUAGGUCAGAAGGUAUGGACCAGGAACUAUUCUAACAAUGGCGAAAGAUGGGUGUUCGGCACAGAGCGUUCGGAGUAUGGUUUUAAACACUACGUCAUCGAAACAAGUCAUCAAAUCAUCAGACGACAUAUUGACCAGAUCAGAGAAGGGGCUGAUGAAGUUAAACCAGUUUGUGAACUGAACACUCAACCAAACGCUGAUGUCACCAUGACCGAUAAAGGUGACUGCCCGGUAUCAAGCUCCAGUCAGCCCGAUCACAGUGAUGUACCGCCUCACAUCCAGGACUCUAAUUCUAUUUCAGGGAACUGCAGCCCUCCUGCGCCUGGUGGAGUGGUGUCCAGUGUUCCAAACACAUUGCGCCGCUCUACGAGGAUUUCAAAACCACCUGAGAGACUGAAUCUGUAA